AUGAGAGCACUUAAAAUAGAAACAUUUUUGGCAAAAAUAAAUCACUAAGAGCUCUCUUAAUUAUUCUAAUAGAUUAAGUAAAGUAGAUAAUUCUUUGAAAUACUUUAACUAUCAUUGAAGAGAUGCUAUAUUGAAGAUUAAGGAAUAAAAUUAUUAAGUACUCUAAUUGAAGAUUGUCAAACAAAUAUCCUUAUUUUAAGACUAAAUUUGACGGAGAAUAAAAUAACGAAUUUAGGAUUUACUUAAUUGUGCUAAAGUUUAGCUAAAUGCUCAAGUUUGAGCUAUUUAACAUUAGGUUUAAUGAGAAAUACAAUUAAAGAUAAUGGAGUUUUAGAACUGAUAAAUUUGUUUUAAAAUAAUAAAAACAUCAUCAAUUUAAACUUAGAUUUAGGAUAAAAUUAAAUAGGAGAUUCAGGAUUAAAUAGUUUAGCCUAAGGCUUAGAGUUAUGUUUUAAUCUUUGUAAUCUAACUCUGAACUUAUUUUAAAACAAAUUUGGAGAAUAAGGAGCUUCUCACUUAGGAAAAAGAUUAGGAACACUGAAAAAUAUUUCUAAUUUAACUCUUGAUUUAAGCUCAAACAAAAUUGGGAGCAAAGGACUUUAAAACUUGAACAGAGGUUUAGGAUUUUCAUAAAAUUUACAAAAUUUAAAGCUUAUUUUGAUAAUGUGCAAUAUUGGAGAUGAUGAAGUAUCAGGUAUGAUAACAGGGUUAUCAAAAUGCUUAAAAUUGAGUUGUUUAUCCUUAGAGUUUAGGUGA